AUGUCAGCUUCCUACUGGACACCCAAGACAAAGUCGACCCUACGUCAACUAGCCGUAAGACUUGAAAAGACACAAUUCGAUGGGACGAUCUACAAGCGGCUUCCUCAGUCUAAUAGCCACGCCGAGAGUUAUGUCCUGAGUCCGUACCAUGAGCUUAAGCUGGCCAAUGAUCUUGCAUACUUGGCAUGUACAGAGGAAGGUGUCAAAAGGAUAUCAGCAGUAUGCGUUGAGGAGGGCAGAAACUGCCUGACUGUACUGGUAGCAAGUAAUGAAACUCCAAUCCCAAAGACAGUGGCAGCGUUGCAGAAAAUUGGGAAUGCAAUCAGCAGCUACGCCAUUCGCGAAAUUCACCGCGAUGCCUUCUUGGAAAGGUCGUUCGAUACGGUGAUGGAACUCUCGGGCGACCGCAUACUCCAGCGCACCCGACCGAGCUGGGCUCCAGAACCAGCUUGGCAUAGGGCAAAGCAGAAGCAGACCAAGACAUCUUUAUUGGACAAGCUCCAGGAUCUUUUGCCCCAGAUACAAAGCGCUUUGGAGCAGCGGUUCCCGAGGACACUUGCAGCGCUCAAAAGGGUUCACAAACAGCUCAAGCACCUCGAUUGCCAACACCGGGAUGGAAAGACGGUGAGAUCGGCGCUGAAGAUCAUAGUCGUCAAGGCCCAUGAAGUAUCGGCUGCCGAGGUGCCCCGGACGCUCGAGGCCAAGCUGCGAGCAUGCGGAAAGGUCGGCUCGGAACUCGCUGGCAAGAGUGAGAUCCGGCAGGUAGACAAACUUGGGCGGUAUUACGGAGUUUGCAGAAACUUUGCCAAGAUGGCACGGCACUCAGAGUAUCGGGAUUUGCUCAGAAAUGUCGCGGUCACCAGCUGCAAAGGGUACGCCGUGGUUCCCAGUGGCUCCGGCAACACAGGUCAGCUUCCCGUCCACGCAGAGGUGCAGCUGACGAUGCACUACCUGGCCCAAAACCCUGUGUUGUGGCCGCGAGCAAUGGGCUGCAGCAAGUCUGCAUGUUUCCUCUGCCAUGCGCUCAUUACUCGCCUCGGGCAUUUUUCCGUCUCGGCCUGCCAUGGAAAGCUGUAUUCUCAAUGGACGAUCCCAGACGGUGUGCUCUUGGAAAGCAAGAAGGCGGAGGAACUGGCGAGUGCAAUACUGCGGAUCUGUGACAGCUUGAAAGUUCUCAUCGGAGUCCCUGGGGCGCGUGUAUGCCCACCAGAAAGCCGUGCGCUAUCAUUGCUCUCGGGCCCAUCCACGGCCACGCAGCUCUCCUUUGAUUCUGGAUCCGAAGUGUCGUCGGCAGAGACGAUCCGUCCAAGUUCCGCCGCGGGACCAAGCGCCGAUCCAGCUUCAGGAUCACAUCGUGGUCCGGCCGAGCUUCAGCAGGAACAGCAGCUCUUGAGUAGCGAAGAUAAACCCGCAAGUCAACAAGCAACAAGGCAGGCCGAAAAUCAAGAAGUCCCCACAGCGGGUCCAGCAGGAGACCAAUCGUGCCAAGCUGCAGCACUAGCAGAAGGCACUAUAGACGACAGCCUCGGUGCGACAAGCCCAGCUCAACAGCCAAACUACAACGAGCCGGUUGCCAGUACUAGUAAGCCGUUGUCCACAGAAGAACCGCGGGUGGCACUGGUCAGGCUGAGGGAGAAAGAUCUGCCGUAUGAGCGCCAUAUCUGCAACGAUAUGCCGCUCCUCGAUUUGCAGCUCGGCCGACUCUCGCUAUCCUUGGACUUUAGCGGCAUCAGUAUCGGGCGACUUGCGGUGACGCGCGACAGCAGCACAGAUGGUAGGUUCGUCUCUUUGGAAGCUUCCGAGCUCCCUACGAGCGACCCCGGACGCAUUAUCAGCUGUAAAGAAGGUAACAACACAGUUUGUUUUCAGUUAUCGUGCUUUGGCUGUGUUGCUGUCAAUGUGGAAAUCACAUGGGGCACAACACAGGCCAGGGGAUGA